AUGCUCAAAUGUAGCUGUGAUCAAUGUGGGAAGAGUUUUAGUCACUCUGGAGAGCUGACAGUGCACCAAAGAGCACACACAGGAGAGAAAUCUUACAGCUGUGUUCAAUGUGGGAAGAGUUUUGGUCAAUCUGUCCAUCUGACUCAACACCAGAGAAUACACACAGGAGAGAAACCCUAUAGCUGUGGUCAAUGUGGGAAAAUAUGUACUACAUCUGGCUCUUUGACUCUACACCAGCGAACACACACAGGAGAGAAAUCGUAUAGCUGUGAUCAGUGUGACAAGAGAUACUCUGAUAAAAGAUAUCUGAUCAAACAUCAGAAAAUACAUACAGGGAAGAAACCUCACUGCUGCUCUGACGGUGGGAAGAGAUUCACCUCAGCAGGCAUUAAAAUUCAUCAGAGAAUCCACACAGUGGAGAAACCUUAUAGCUGUACUCAAUGUGGGAAGAGUUUUACUCAUUCAACCAGCCUGAUAUCACACCAGAGAACACACACAGGAGAGAAAUCUUAUAUCUGUAGCUGUGGUAUAUGUGGGAAGAGUUUUACUCGGCUAAGCACCCUGAUAUCACACCAGAGAACACACACAGGAGAGAAACGAGAGAAACCGUAUAACUGUGAUGAAUGUGGGAAGAGUUUUGAUACAUCUAGCCAUCUUAUUGUACACCAAAGAACACACACAGGAGAGAAACCAUAUAGCUGUACUCAGUGUGGGAAGAGUUUCUUUACAUCUAACCAUCUGAAGAUACACCAGAGAACACACACAGGAGAGAAACCUUUUAGCUGUACUCAAUGUGGUAAGAGUUUUACUCAGCUAAGCAGCCUGAUAUCACACCAGAGAACACACUCAGGAGAGAAACCGUAUAGCUGUAAUGAAUGUGGGAAGAGUUUUACUCACCUAAGCAGCCUGAUAUCACACCAGAUAACACAGACAAGAGAUAAACCAUACAGCUGUCAUGAAUGUGGGAAGAGUUUUAUUAGCCAAAGCAGCCUGAUGUCACACCAGAGAACACACACAGGAGAGAAACCUUAUAGCUGUACUCAAUGUGGGAAGAGUUUUGUUCAAUCUGGCAAUCUAAAAGUACACCAGAGAACACACACAGGAGAGAAAUCUUAUAUCUGUGGUCAAUGUGGGAAGAGUUUUGUUCAAUCUGGUAGUCUAAAAGUACACCAGAGAACACACACAGGAGAGAAAUCUUAUAUCUGUGGUCAAUGUGGGAAGAGUUUUUCCUCAUCUAGCAGCCUGACUCAACACCAGAGAACACACACAGGUGAGAAAUCUUAUAUCUGUGGUCAAUGUGGGAAGAGUUUUAAUACAUCCAGCAUUCUGACUCGACACCAGAGAACACACACAGGAGAGAAACCUUAUACCUGUGAUCAAUGUGGGAAGAGUUUUACUCAGCUAAGCGGCAUGAUAUCACACCGGAGAACACACACGGGAGAGAAACCGUAUAGCUGUGAUCAAUGUGGGAAGAGUUUUGCUACAUCUGGCCAGCUGACUUUACACCAGAGAACACACACAGGAGAGAAACCUUAUAGCUGUAAUCAAUGUGACAAGAGAUACUCUGAUAAAAGGUGUCUGAUCAAACAUCAGAAAAUACAUGAAGGAGUUGUUUCAUGAUAUCAAUGAAUUAAUGUUGAAUGUUAACAUUUGUAGUAGGAGUAUUUGAAUAAUGUCACAAUACACACAUGAAGAAGUUGUUUCAUGAUAUCAAUGAAAUGAAAUGAUGUCACAAUGUAGAAUGUUUUAACAUUGUAGUAGGAGUAUUUUAAUGA